AUGCUGCGCGAAGAGAAACAUGUGCUUCAAGAACGCCUCCGAACUUUCAUGCGCAUGACGGUCGCCAGCUUCGAAUCCAUAGCCCAUGCAUCGGUGCAAGCUGCGCCGCGCAUUUUCGGCGAUCUGGAUGCGGGUCGGCCUGUGCCCGUCAGCUCUGUGGCGCGCAACUUGUGCAAGUAUGAUGGCGGGUGCGAUUUGGAUUUGUUGAGAGAGAUGACGGACUUGUCCGAAGACCAGCAACGAUUUCUUAGUGCUUCUUCAGAAGAGGCCUGGCGGCGACCCGAAAUGCAUCUGGAGGAUUCGACAGGCGGCGCUUCGUCGAUUUUCAGUACUCCGAUUAACUGUCUGCCGGUGGCGCAGACUCCAGGCUAUCGCCUGCAGAGUGUGCUCGCCGCUGAAGCAGACCCGACAGCUGAUGCCGAUGCGUGGCAGUUGGCGUUUUGCCAGGAUCUGCACGAUCUGGCUCCUUCGCUCCUGAAGCACAUGUUCAGCGAGUCGCGCUACAAGUAUUCGGAUUCCUUUGCGACUCGAUGGAAGAUCUGUCGGCAAGCCGCUGCGAUUGGCAGUGCUGCAGAGAUGGAGUUUGGCUCCGCCGGCAAAAUGCGUCCGAUUCAAUUGACUCCUUUCGAAGUGCAGACCUGCUACGGCGGCACCGUCGCGGGCAGGCAUAAUUUGGACGUCCAGGACAUGCGGCGUGCGCUCGAUCCCGCUUUGUGGCUGAGGGCGACUGAAAGACUGCCUCAGAUCGCUGGUCCGGCUAAGCAACUUGGCUACAUGGCCGAGUACGAGUGGAACGGCACAGAGUACGAGUCGCGUUCGCCGUUCUCAGCCGUGUCUGUGUCCUGGGCAUCUCGACGAUGGCUAGCAGCCGGGUUUCGGGAAGAUUGGUUGCAAGCGCAUCGAGGCAGGAAGUCAAGAGAUGAGUCGCGUGACCCGUAUUGGGAAGCCGACACCGCUGGGAACACUUCCUCGUCUAGCUCUUCUUCCUCUUCAGAGGCAGACGGGGAGAACGACCUGGACAAAGCCAUUCGCUGUGGAAUCAGCGAAGCAUUCGCAGAUGGCAUCAACAGCGGCUUUUACGUGAACAGACUCUGGGCGUUAGUAACUGUGCUCCAGGUGAUAGGUGAUAGAAUGCUAGAAUGGAAAGAGGAGAUGGUUGAGAGGUUGAGAUGGAGGAAGAAGAUUGGGGGAUACGACACGAAGCCGAAUCAGGGAUUGGGAGGCGUGCUGGAGGAGCUUCGUCGAGGCAUCGAGCGUUUGGAGCAAGAACGCGAAAAGCGGGAAAUGCUUCGUGCGCGGGAAGUUGAACAAGCGCGGGAUGCCGGGCAGGAGUUGCCUCGCCGGCGCGGCGUGUUGUUUGCGGAGUCCUUGAAGACUUUGAGUCGCUUGAGUUCCUCGUAUCGGAGGUGUCACUGGAAAAGCGGAGCAGAAGUAAUCUUUCCUUUGUUGUACGGGCAUCUGACGUAUGCUUCCCAUCGCACCUGGAAACUGUACACCAAGAAAGCCAUCUUCUUCUGCCUGGAGGCAUGGAGGCGUUGUUAUGGAGACAGCGUGCUGCGUGGCGGUGUUGCUGAUGGCGAAGAAGGAGAACCUGUGAUUUAUUGUCGGGAAGGCUUGGAUGAUUUGCUUCUGCGUGGCUGGCGAAAAGUUGAGCGCAAGGACGAGCUGACGGGCGAAAGCUUUCAGUUGUUCGUUGGAUCCGAAGGUCAGAUAUGCAGCAGUGUGCAUGAGGUGUUCGAGCAGCAUCAAGCAGCUCGACAACUGUGCAAGUUGCCACAGCACAAGCUGACGUUCGUGCAGGCUCUCCUGAAUCAACAUGCUGUCCAGGAGAAUCUAGCAGACCCCGAUGCCGAGGACGAGGGCCUCGAGACGAAUCUGAGGUCUUUGCGGGAGACAGGUGAAGAUGCUCCGGUCAUGGCGGUCGAUUGCUUUCCGCAGACAGCGGGCUAUUUGUCGGUGACCACGUCGAGUUUGGAGGAUUACUUAUUUCGUGGGGAGCAUCCAGUGCUGAAAGACAUGAGCUGGUCCACCUACGGAAUGUGGGUGUACAGGGUGGAGCUUCCUCCCGGAGCUGAGACUUCCAUCAGAGCAGCGGUACCUCGAUUCCAGGAUAUGUACUUCAGCUCGGCUUACAAGUUGUACAAGACGCACUGUCAGCGCAUCAGUUCAGAACCUCGAGUUCCGAUGUUCGAAGGGUUCACCAUGCCUACAUUAACGACUGAUGGCGAACGGAACGCCAUGUACAAACAACUUCAAUGCCGGCCAUUCGCAGUUGCGGCGUCUCCCGCGCCUGGUGCUUCGACGGAAGACCUUGUGAUCGAUGCAUUUACCGUGUUCUCUCAGCCUUGCAAGCCUACGACAACCAAUCGAUCACUGGCAGCUGCCACUGCCUUUACCGAGUCGUACCUGGAAUGGUUUGCAGAAGCGCAGACGGCAGCGGACGAAGGGCGGCUGCGGUUUGCGGAGCGGCAAGAGUACCCGUCUCUGUGGGAGACGGAGGAGAUGCAGGCUGCCAUGCAGGAGAAGUUGGAGCUGGCGCGGGCAGAGGAAGAUGAAGAGGAGCCCGUCGUGUCUCCAGGCGACACUCAGCGGGCGCCGCGAGCUACAGUGGAAAUGUAUUCAUCCAUGCAAGCCCUGGAGCGAGCAGUCAAUCUGGAAAGCUUGGCCCGGGCUCGGCAGGAAAAGCCCAAGAAGAGGCGAGAGCUGGAUCAGUACCUGCAGCAAGACUUCGUGAAGAUAACCACUGCCGGCGAGCUAGAAGAUGCGGAUGUCGACGACGAAGAGGAGCACGAGGAUGCGCAGCUGGAGGGUGCUGCUAGAUGUCCCUCCCAUGUGUUUCAGCCCAUCACCUUUCGGCCGAAUCCGGACGAACAGCGGCGGCUGCUGCAGCUAGGCUAUCAAGCCAGGAAAAACCGAUACACGAGUGAAUUUCUGGAGGAGACUUGGCUCCAGCAGGAUGCUUUCGAGGUGGCACGGGCUGCACCCAAGGAGUUGCACAAACAUAAAGCUCUGUUCACGUCGCUCAGCUGCUUGAAGCCGGAGGAUCGGUCAAAGAAGCUGGAGUCGCUGCGAGAGCAAAAGCCAAACGAAGAGGAGGCGGAGGACGCUGACGACAGCCACUUGAAGCGGUUGCGAGCGUGGCUGCCGCGUCUGCCGCGACCGCGAGACUGUGUGCGAUUCGCGGAUCAGACAGUGUAUGGAAAACCUUCCGAACUGUUGGGGGACAUGAUGCUUGCUCUGCCGGCGAACGAGAAGCUGAAUGAAGAUCAGGAGCUUUUCAUGUGGCGGUUUGGCGACGUUCUGAACAGAGUUUACGAUGAGGAACAGCGCUUUGCGCCGCACAAGUGCGGUGUGUAUCACAUGCUUUUGCUGGGACAAGGCGGUUCCGGCAAAACGCACGUUGUGCAGAAUCUCAUCUUCCCUGUUGUUUUGUUUAUCUGGCCACCAGAAGAUGGCAGCGAGACGCUUCGAGUGGUGGCUGCCAAGAACUCACAGGCUAAGAACAUUUCGACGUCCUCUGUGCGAGCUACGACGGUGCAUGCCGCUGCUUGCACGCGGGUCCAGAACCUGUCCAAUUGCAACCUGGCGGCCGGCUCCAAGGAGAAGGCGUUGCGGACAAUGUGGCAGAGCUGUCGCGUGCUGAUCUUGGAGGAGAUCAGCAUGGUUGCUGCUAUGUUGUACAACAUGCUGGACUAUCGUUCCAUGCUCGGUCGUAGGCUGAGUCAUGAUGUGAACCCGCAGACGUACACUCGGAUUGGUCGUGCUUUUGGUCGCGUUCCGAUAGUUUUGCAUUUGGGAGAUUUCUUACAGCUGCGUCCCACUGCUCAGCUGUCGCUCCUGGACGAUUUGAAGGCGAGAGACGAGGAUGGCCGCUUGCUGCAUUCUGAUGUCCCGCCGGAAGUCCAGCAUGCGCAGCAAGUGUUCGCAAACAUUCAAGACGUGUUCGAGCUGCGGGGCACGAAGCGUUUCAAAGAUGGCGAUCCAUUGAUCGAGCUGUUGCAGUGCAUGCGCGCAGGCCGUCAGUUGUCCGAAGGACUGUGGACGCCUUUCCAGCAGAGGUUCGUGACGGAUGCUGGGCCGGGCAAGCCAGAUGCCAGACUCCAGGACGAAAACUUCCGCUCUGGCUAUUGCAUGUCCAUCUAUUGGGCCUCCUUGUCUCGGAUGCUUUUCCGCCGUGCUAUCCUGGACGCUGCGCGAAGGAGCGUUCCGCUCGUGUUGCUGCAGUGUGCCGACGAGUGCUCCGAGCUGGACAAGGAGGUUGCGUUUCGGUUGCUGAAUCAGCCUAAUCCAAACCGAACCGGUCACAUGCACGGCGUUCUGCCUUGCCAUGUAGGCAUGGAAAUUCGGCUUCUGGAGAAGUUGGAUGGGACGAAGGGGCUGGUGCAGGACACCCAAGCGACGAUCUUUGAUUUCGAGUUUUCUGCAGAAGAUCGUCGUGCGUACAGGCGGACAUCCGGUGGUGAGGUCUUUAGUCCACGUUUCUUGCCAUCGGGUCUCUGGGUCAGCGUGCGCAACUACGAUGGCAACAAAAAUUGGCAGGCCAUGGCGGCCGUUUGUCGUCUGCAUGUAGAAACCGAUGAGGCUGCGGAGGAACUGGCGCGCAGUCUGUGGUUUCUGCCUGCUGUGGAAGUGAAGAUGCAAUUCUCCAGUACGCAGAAGUACGUGAUCAGACGCUGCGGGUUUCAGGUGUCGCACGCCAAGUUCAUCACUAGCACCGCUUCGCAGGGAGUGACACUGCGACAGGGCACCGUCAUCGAUUGUGCGCGACUGCCCGAACUGGAUGAGGAUAACUGGUGGUUGCAUUUGUACGUCAUGUUUUCUCGUGUCACCUGCCUGGAAGACAUGUUGCUGCUGCGUCCUCCGCCGAGAGAAAUGUUGGAACGCGGCCCGCCGAAAGCCAUCUUGGAACGUUUGCGGCGACUGGAAGAACGUGCAGCGGGUUGUCGCACUGGUGCAGUCAAACUGCGAGAAUCCUUUGGCCAGACGCGGAAGCGGAAACGGCUCCCUGCGUGA